AUGUCUUUUGAUUCAAGUGGCAGCAUCAGAAUUGACUGUAGAUGGGCCAUAAGAACUUCAACAGCUCAUCCUUCCAUAGAUUUACCUGUAUUUACGCAAAGAAAAGCAUUGAAUGAUAGCAAUCGUCCAGCUAUUCCACAAGUGGUGCGAUGUAAAACAGAAGGACAAUUGGCUAUAACUUAUAGUGAAGGGCCAAGUGAUACAACAGCACGUAUUGCACGUCAAUUGAACAAUGCAAGUACACCUGCUAACUUUUUUGUCAAUAUUAAAUGGUUACAAGAAGAACGGUACGCCACUGUCCUUCAGAACUUGUACAAAGCAGGUCAUUUUAUCGGCAUGACUUACAGUUUGCCAACCAAUAACCCUUCCUCCAUGACUGACAAAGAGAUUCAACAAGACAUUAUUCAUAACGCAGACAUGAUUCACUCCAUUCUUGGUGUGGCUCCUAAAUACGUUCGCCUUCAUUUCAGUGCACACAGUGACAUUCGGACAGAAUACAUACUUAAACAAUUAGGAUUUGUUUUGGUGGGCUAUAAUCUCGACGGGAAAGAUUAUUUACACAAGACACCCGAAUUCAUUGGACAAGAAUACGAGCGCACAUUCACAAACUACAAGACUUCUCAUCAAGGCAAAGGGUCAUUUAUUUCUAUUCAGUAUGAUAUUCCCGAAACAGGUAGUUUGGAUGCUGUCUCAAGUGUGAUGAAGAUCAUUUAUAAAGAAGGCUAUACACCUGUUCGUAUGGAUACUUGUCUCAAUGAUCUUAAACCUUAUAAAGUCACUGCUGCUGGAUUAGAUUAUGUGAGUGAUACCAUGGCCAAGAAACAGACACAAGUCAAGAGUAUCAGUCCUGCCAUUGUUCAUUCAGCCACAGUAGAACCUAAACAGCCAGAGAAACAAACAAGCCUUGGUUCAACCAUGGUUUCUGACCCUAUUGUCUCUUAUUUUCUUAUUUAUAUCUUCUACUUUAUCCUAACAUAA